CUCCAUGGGGGGGAAGUGACUGACAGGAGUUUUGAAAUAAUUCCAGUGACACUCAAGUUUUUCAAUGAGGUUUUAGCUAGCUACUUUGUUCUCUCAUGGAGGCUAAUAUUUAUAACAACGGUAUGCAGAACAAAGUUGCUUGGAAGUGGCGAGUUAUCGACUACAUGCGAACAUGCUAACGUUAAUUGGGCAAUUUUUGGCUAACGUUAGUUAGCGCGCUACUAUUGUUUACAUGUUGUAGCUACCUAGCUAGCUAUCUAACGUUAGUUGAUUAUGUCUGCAUCCAUAAAAUCAAGCCCGUCACCUCCUGUCUUACCGAAACCAGAGGGCCGGAGGAUAAAGUCAAGUCAUUCUCUUGUAUCACCUGUGGAAGAUCAUGACAGAGCCCUUAAAGAACUCCCUGAGCUGAAAGAGAAACAGGUGUCAGUGACAGAUCGAUCAAAGAUGCAGCUUGUCCCGAUGCAGAAUGACUUGAUCCCAGAUGAGCUCCUGGCCACCCUCACCUCAACCAUCUGUCCCCAUGAUAGGCUGGGACUCCCAAAGCUAACCAAGACCCCCAAAGACUUCAAGGUCCAUGGAAUACGACACACGGACGCGGUUUGGCAUCACCCAGUCGGACGCAAGAAAUACAAAUACUUUCUCGACCAGCCGACAUCAUUGACUGGAGCGGGCCGGGACAUCUCCUUUUUGUGUGAUUCCAUGGCCUCUCAGAGGGAGAGGAUUCCACUGCCACCCAUGGCUGACAGGGGCACCACCCACACACAGGGCAUUCAAAAGGACAUGAGCCUUAUUGAGAGCCUCAUCCCAGAGGAAUAUCACAUUGUGAAAAACAAAGGGGUGCAAGGACUGGAGUGCUAUGAUGAUAAAUUCACAGUACUGCUGGAGGACAAUGAAAGGAUGCUCAAAGUCUUUCCAUCAAUGAGGCCCAGCGGGCGGCUGGAGGCUGUGCAGCUGAUGAAGGUGAUGGAUGAGAUGUUGGACAGAGCAGGGGUCAACCAGGAGGACAGAGGCCUGACUGGACUCUCACAGAUGCAAGGCCUUCUAGAGCUGGUGCGUGUGGAACAGAACAUCUACAACAUAGUGUUCCAUGAGCUGAUCAGACAGGUCAGUGUGGAAUGUGCUGAGAGAGGACAGCUCCUGGCUAAGCUCAGACAGAGGUAUGUGGCUCUGUUGGACCGUAUCCCCAGGCAGCUGAAGGGUCUCCACACAGAGACACUGGCCCAGAGAGCUCUGGACCGCAGGCUCACAGAGGAGAUCAUCUGCUUCAGGAGCGCCAUCACCAAGCUCAACACAGAGCUGUGUAAGAUGAGGGAGCAUGACGGGUAUGUGUCCACGCAGGCUGAGAGAGCCCAGGAGGAGCUGGCCAAGGCUCUGGAACAAUCACAGAAGAACUCUGAUAUUGUGGGAGAGUACCAUGACCUGUACGAGAUGCAGAGGAGGAGACUGGAGGGACAGGUGGCCAGACUGACGGACGAGAGGGACCUGUGGAGCAGAGUCACCUAUAACCUGGCCCUCAAGGUGAUCAAGUUAAACAACCUCCAGCUGGCCAGCAGGCUUCACGUUAGUGAGCAGACCUGGACCAAGACUGCCGAGCACUUUACAGUCUUCCUGACCUCCAAGGACACAGAAGACCUGAACCAUAUCAUGCAGCUGACAGAGCAGUGGAAGGAGAAGCUGACGUCCUUCGUGCAGAGUCUGAGAGAGGCUGAGCACGGCCAGUGUGAGGGGAUAAGAAGCAUACAGGCUGACAUCGUCAAAUGGCACACGUCCAUUGGCACCAACAUCAGAAGCCCGGAUCCAAAAUUUGAGAAAGUUUCAGAAGAACAGCUUUAUUCAGAUUUAAAACAGUGGUCAAAUGUGUUGACCAUUCAGUGUGAGCGCUACGGGGGCGAGGACCUCCUCUCCUGCCAGGAGACCCUCAACAUGCUGGGCCAGCUGCAGGAGGCCUGGGAGGAGGUGGGCCGCCGGCUCUUCAGGAGACACCCGGCCCCAGACGGAGAGCCCCCCAGGGGCCAGGAGGCUAUGAGGGAGCUGUGCCUGGCCGUGUCAGAGCUCCACAAGCAGCUGGGAACGCGCAUCAACGGCGAGAGCGGAAUCCACAAGCAACUGAUGUGUCUGGUCGGGGUGAUGGAAUUCUGGGCCACCCGAUUGAAGGCUCUGGUUGGCCGCACCGAGAGGCUCCCCCACUGUGAUUGGCUGAAGCUGGAGAAGGCCCUGGGUAGCUGGAUGUUGCUGGCGGAGGAGGCCUUGCAGCACGCCCACAGCACCCAGCCUGAGAAUGAGAGGGUCAAGCACAAACCGCACGUCCAGAUUGAGAUUGAUGAUGUCUUCAACACUCUCCGGGAGUUCAUCUUGACCCAAGCCAACUUCUUUGACUGUGAGAACCGCAGGCUAUGUGAGGAGGUGAACUCCAUCCACACGGCUCUGACUCGCUGGAUGGUGGACCUGCUCCUCCAGAUGGUCCCAGACCACUGUGACGACCAGGAGCAAGACGCCCUGCCGGGGCUCAACAGUACCGCCAUCAUGGAGGUCUCCCUGGAGCAACUAGAGGAAGAUGCCAAGAACCUCUCAAAGAAACUGGACUUCUUCUCCAAAUAUAUCACCCGCUCUUGCCGGGCCAUUGUGGAGGAAGAGAUUCAGAGGAACAUGGCUCAGGAUGACACAGAGAAUGAGCUUUCUGAGCUCAACAAACUGCAGAGGGAAUGUGGCGAGUGGAUGGAGUCCUGUCAGAUCCUGCUGUCCGACAAGAAGGGCAGUCCCGUGGAGCUGCGUGUUACACUGAAUUUGGUCCCCCGUUCUGUCACGGAACUCCUUCCCUCUGCGAUGCCCAGCAUGGAAUCUCUAAUGAACCGACCUGCAGUGGUUCCACUAGAGGCUUUGGAUGAGGAAGAGGAACAGAACAAGAAGACUCCAAUGGAAUUAAUUGAGGUCAUACACAUAGUGGAGGCAGAGGAUCCAGAAGAGGCUGGCUCUAUUAUGAAGCUGAUAGGCCAUGAUGGUAACAUCAUUGAGCAAACCCUGGGGGAGGAUACUAUUCAGCUGGAUGGGACUGAAGUCAUGGUUGCCCGUCCAUACACACCUAACGGUCAGAGAGCCUUUGAUGCCCUGGCCACAGUAGGAGUUCUUCAGCAUGAGUUACUUGGGGUUGAGGCCCGGGUCCAUCGAGCAGAGGAGCGGGCCCUAAAGGCAGAGGAGGCCCUCCAGGCUGCGCUGGAGAAGAUCCAAGAUCUGGAGAGACAGCUACAGGGCAGGACUAGUCUGGAGGCUAAAGUGAGCAAGCAGUCUGUGGCAGCAUCUCCCAAGUCAAAGGUGUCCAGCCCUGAACCCAAACCAGUGAGUCAGAAACCUGAGCCUAGCCUCAAACAAACCAAGCCCAAGAAACGCUGAACCCUGAAAACAGUACUGUAGCUUCAGAGGUAAUGUGAAACUCGGCUGCUCUGAGGAUCCAACAACUUUGUAUUUGACAAAUGAAUAAACGCAACGUGAAGU